AUGGCACUGGAAAAUACUGGUGGCACCAAAAAACUUGUUAAAACUUAUUGCCGUGGAAAUGUGAAGAAGUUUUUGCGCGAGACCACAUUGCAUGGCUUGAAAUAUUUGGCUGACGAUAGUAUUACGAUUUGGGAGAAAUCCUUCUUUUUAUGUGCAUUUCUGGCCGCGAUUGUUAUCACCUUCAAUCUCAUUGUAAAUGUCUACGCUAAGUGGAUUAGUACGCCGAUUAUUAUAGGCAUAAGUCCACACCCGACGUCGAUUUUGAGUACACCCUUUCCGGCCAUAACUGUUUGUAAUAUGAAUCAAGUGAUGGCGAGUCGCGUGGCGAAUUAUACGCGAGAAUCCAAUGAGGGUGCGCUGUUGAACCUAUUGUGCAGCGCAGAUUCCAUACUCGAUGAAAAAGUGAGAGAGGCAGCAAAUUUCAAAAAUAACAGUUUGAUGUUUUCAACUUUUCUACAAGAGCACGCACAACCCUGCACACGUAUGCUGCUUUCAUGUACAAUCGGCUCGGCGGUAAUGAAUUGCUCCGAUCUAUUUCGCGAAAUUAUGACCGAUGAGGGACUCUGUUGUGUUUUCAAUGUUUUACAUCCAGAUUUUCUUUUCAAGGGCAAGUAAGUAUGCUAAAAUGGGAUAAUAAACGAUUAUGAGCGUGCCGAUAAUAGUGUGCCGAUUGAUUGGAAUCCGGAUACUGGUUACCCUAAAAAUCUGCCACCAAAUUAUUAUCCACGUGCCGCAUCGGGCACAGGCGUCUCUAUGGGUCUUUCAUUAAUUUUGGAUUCCGAAUUGGAAGAGUACUAUUGCUCCACCACUAAUGGACCGGGUUUUAAGAUCGGCAUGCAUAAUGCCAUAGAGGUAACCACGAUACGUGAAACUGCGCUCAUUUUGCCCGUCGGCUUUGAGACACGUCUGCGCAUCGAUGUUAUUAGCACCGAGGCCACAGCAAUGGUGCGUACGCUACAUCGCAACGAACGUCAGUGUCUCUUUAAUGGCGAAGAGAAUUUACUCUAUUUCUCACAUUAUUCGCGUCGCAAUUGUGAGAAUGAAUGUCAAGUGACAUAUAUGUAUGAACAGUGCAAGUGUAUACCUUACAAUUUACCGUUAAUUUUUGAAAAUGCCACUGUAUGUGGCAUACAAGAGUCGUAUUGCGUCUUUUUGGCUGAGAACAAAUGGAUGAAAGGUGUCGAUGAACUCAACUGUCUUCGACGUUGUUUACCCGCCUGCUUCGAUCUGAGUUAUAAGGCGGAUGCCACGUCGGCACCAUUACGUGCCUACGAGUAUCUAACGCCGCCGAGUAUACUACGCAACAUGUCUAUGGAGUAUGUUAAUAAAAAUGUGGCUGUGGUGCAUUUCUUCUAUCGCGAAUCCGUGUUUCAUGGUGAUUUGAAGAAUGUUUAUGUGGGAUUCACGGAGUUCUUGUCUAACACUGGCGGCAUUAUGAGUCUCUUUAUGGGCUUCAGUUUUAUAUCGGUGGCCGAAGUAAUCUAUUUCGCUUUUAUGCGUCCAAUAUUCGAGUUCAUUUUACCGCUGAGAAGAAGAAGAAGAAUGAUUGAACGCAGAGUGAGAGUGAACUCCGUGAAGGUGCUGAGACCACAUUUUCGAGGAAAUCAUCAAGCUUUCAGAGUUAACUGA